UACAGGAUUCCGCCCAAGCGCGUUAAGAGCGCUCCGCCUUGAACCCGUGGCGCGAAAAGAGGCGCAGGCGCUGUCGGGGAGUGCGGCGUCACGCCCUCGGCGCUGCGGCUAGGCGGUUCCAACCCACUGCAGAUGAGACGUCACCGCUUGAGGUUUGGCUUCGUAACCCCUGCGGCUUGACUGUCGGGUUACGGCCACCGGUCCCCUUACUUUUACGUGAUUCCUUGCCCUCAACCUAAAGAUACAUCGCUAUGGAUCCCGAACCUAAUGAACACUCCACCGGCGGCGUCUCGGUUCCCCCCCGCCAGCCGCCCAGCAAGCAGAUGGGGCCUGAUGUCCAGGUGGUCAGCGCAGGGGGCGACUCAGGCACCAUGAGCCAGGACACCGAAGUGGACAUGAAGGAGGUGGAGCUGAACGAGAUAGAACCCGAGAAACAGCCUAUGAAUGCAGCGGCCGGGGCGGCGGCCGGGGAGAAGAACGGCCUGGUGAAGAUCAAGGUGGCCGAGGACGAGGCGGAGGCCGGGGCCAAGUUCACAGGCUUGUCCAAGGAGGAGCUGUUGAAGGUAGCCGGCAGCCCGGGCUGGGUGCGCACCCGCUGGGCGCUGCUGCUGCUCUUCUGGCUCGGCUGGCUUGGCAUGCUGGCGGGCGCCGUGGUCAUCAUCGUCAGGGCGCCGCGCUGCCGCGAGCUGCCGGUUCAGAGGUGGUGGCACAAGGGCGCCCUCUAUCGCGUCGGCGACCUUCAGGCCUUCGUGGGCCCGAACGAGGGCGGCCUAGCUGGUCUGAAGAAGCAUCUGGACUACUUGAGCACCCUGAAGGUGAAGGGCCUCGUGUUGGGCCCGAUUCACAAGAACGAGAAGGAUGAAAUCAAUGGAACCGACCUGAGACAGAUCGACUCCACUUUAGGCUCCCAGGAAGAUUUUAAAGACCUUCUGCAAUCUGCCAAGAAAAAGAGCAUUCACAUUAUUUUGGACCUCACUCCCAACUACCGAGGCCAGAAUGCAUGGUUCCUCCCUGCUCAGGCUGACAUUGUAGCCGCCAGAGUGAAGGAAGCUCUGACUUCUUGGUUGCAGGAUGGUGUGGAUGGGUUCCAAGUUCGGGAUGUGGGAAAACUGAUGGAUGCAUCCUUAUACUUGGCUGAGUGGCAGAAUAUCACCAAGAACUUCAGUGAGGAUAGGCUCUUGAUUGCAGGGACUGACUCCUCUGACCUGAAGCAAAUCGUGAGCAUACUUGACUCCACCAGCGACCUGCUGUUGACUAGCUCCUAUCUGUCGAAUUCCAGUUUUACUGGGGAGCACACAGAGUUGCUAGUCACUCGGUAUUUGAAUGCAACUGGCAGUCACUGGUGCAGCUGGAGUGUGUCUCAGGCAGGACUCCUGACAGCCUCUGUACCAGCUCAGCUCCUCCGACUCUACCAGCUGCUGCUCUUCACUCUGCCAGGGACCCCUGUUUUCAGCUAUGGGGAUGAGAUUGGCCUGCAGGCAGCUGUCCUUCCCGGACAGCCCGUGAAGGCCCCAUUCAUGCCGUGGGAUGAAUCCAGCCUUUCCCUAACCCCAGGACUCGUAAGCGCCAACAUGACAGUGAAGGGCCAGAGUGAAGACCCUGGCUCCCUCCUUACCCAGUUCCGGUGGCUGAGUGACCGUCGGGGUAAAGAACGCUCUCUGUUGCAUGGUGACUUCCAUGCACUGGCCUCCUCAUCUGGCCUCUUCUCCUACAUCCGCCACUGGGACCAGAAUGAGCGUUACUUGGUGGUGCUCAACUUUAAGGAUGUGGGCCUGUCAGCCAGGCUAGGGGCCUCCAACCUCCCUGCUGGCAUAAGUCUGCCAGCCAGCGCUAACCUAUUACUUAGUACCAACAGUACCCGGCUAGGCCAAGAGGAGGGCACCUCUCUGAAUCUGGAAAACCUGAGCCUGAAUCCUCAUGAGGGCUUGCUGUUACAUUUCCCCUAUGUGGCUUGACCCUACCUGUCUAGGACCUACCACCCUCCUCUCUUCUCUUUUGAAUUCUGGGUUUUCUCUCCUUUUUUUUAAAAACUUUUGCAAAUUACAUGUGAGUUCUCACACUGGGUGUUUUUGUCUUCAAAUAAAAAUAACCCCUGCCUGA